CUUUGACUUCCAUCUCUUGGUAUACAUAUAAUCUGCGCAUUCUCUCCCUCGGGCGCCGCCUUUGUCUUCUUCAACUUAUUCUUCUUCGCCCGUGGACCUCGAUACCUGUCAAGUGUCCUUGUCAAGAAGUCACUCUGGACUCUUCAAUCGCAGAAUCAUCUAAAUGCUAUUGAUUUCCGUCGCCAACGUCUUUUUCCACUUCCUCGGUUCUUUCGCGGCUGGCUCAGGUGCCUGAAAGAGGAUUGCGUGCAUUCAGACACGUCCUUUGAGAUCCAAUCCCGUCAUGGCAGACCCAAACUUCGGCGAUAAGGGCUACUUUGCUGGUACCUCUGCAGGAGAUGUCGAGAAUGGCAACCAGACGCAUCGCAAGAUGAGCCGCAUCGACGGUGGUCGAAACCGAGCUUCUAUCUCUGGAUCCAUCGCUGGCAAAUCAGCCUCGAGUCCAGAUGUGGAUGACGAAAACCCGCAGUCUUACCUGGACGCGCAGAGAAAUGCCGAGUCCGGUAAUGAGAUCCAGUACAGGACCUGUAGCUGGCAAAAGACCGCAGCAUUGCUCUUCGCUGAGUACAUCUGCUUGGCCAUUAUGUCGUUCCCAUACUCGUACUCCGUGCUCGGUCUAGUGCCCGGUCUGAUCUUGACUGUCGUCGUCGCCGCACUCGUGCUGUACACUUCACUCAUCGUUUGGGAGUUCUGCAUGCGUCAUCCGGAAACGCAAGACGUUUGCGAUAUCGGUCAAAUGCUUUUCGGCGGAGGCAAAUGGGCAUGGUAUGCCACAGCGUUUAUGUUCAUCCUCAACAACACAUUUAUUCAGGGAUUCCACUGCUUGGUCGGCGCCAAGUAUCUCAAUACCAUGACCGAUGGAAACAACGCCAGGUUGUGUACUGUGGCUUACAGUGCCAUCAUGGCUGUCGUGUCUUGGGUAUGCUCAAUGCCGCGAACUUUCAACACCCUCUCGAAGCUCGCUGCGGCCUCUGCGUUCUUCACUUUCGUAUCCGUUCUCCUCGCUACCAUCUUCGCAGCCAUAGAGGAUCAUCCUGGUGGAGCUGCGGGUAUGGAGUGGCCUUCGCAAGGUCCGGUCAAGGUAUGGGCGAUUCCGCCCCCUUCGACUACUUUCGUGUACGGCAUGAACGCGUUCAUGAACAUCAGCUAUACCUUCAUCGGACAAAUCACGAUUCCAUCCUUUAUUGCUGAGAUGAAAGAGCCCAAGGACUUCCCAAAGGCGUUGUGGGCGGUCACGAUUGCAGAAGUCAUUCUAUUUUCGCUCGUGGGUGGCAUUAUUUACGGAUAUACCGGUACCAAUUACAACACCGCGCCCGCCUUCGGUUCGCUUGGCAACGAGCUCUACAAAAAGCUCAGCUUCAGUUUCAUGAUUCCGACUUUGAUCUUCCUUGGUGUUCUAUACGCAUCGGUCUCGGCGCGUUUCAUCUUCUUCCGCGCGUUCAAGGGCUCCCGUCAUAUGGGCAGCAACACAGUCGUGGGUUGGCUUGCAUGGGCUGGAAUUCUCGCUCUCACUUGGAUCGUCGCCUUCAUCAUCGCCGAGGUCAUUCCCUUCUUCAGCGACCUGCUCGCUCUGAUGAGUUCGCUUUUCGACAGCUUCUUUGGUUUCAUCUUCUGGGGUGUUGCUUAUCUAAGAAUGAGGAAGGCUGAUCACGGAGAUGAUUUCUGGCAUCCCAGGAACCGUGGUCUCAAAGGUGUCAUCGGCGCCAUUUUCAAUGUCGUGCUAAUCCUCAUCGGCUUGCUUUUCUUGACUGCAGGCACUUACGCUUCAGUGGAGAGCAUUCUUGAAGGCUAUAGGUCCAAUGCCUUCGGCGGCCCAUUUACUUGUGCAUCAAAUGGAGUAUGAAUAAUGAAACGGCGCAUUUUACGAGGAUAAGAGGAGCUGCGCUAUGUAGACACCCAAAUGGCUGGAGUUUUUUCGGUGACCACCUUACGGUCUGUAUGUGCAUAUCUGCAUCUAUAUAUUCACAGACUAUUUGGAAUGAAAAUGAGAAGUUGGCUCAACAAAA